GUUAGCUAGCACCAUUGCACUGCUUCUCCUGACCAAAACUACCUGACAAAUUUGACUGAAGGAAGGUGAAAAUAGGAAUUUGGCAUAACAGAACUCAAGCCAGCGCUCCAGGGAUCAAACUAGAAGGACAUAGCCUCCAUCAACCCCUCUGCCUGGCAGUUAGACAUGGGUACAGCUGCAGACAUGGUGGCUACUUCUACCUUAACCCUACAACUUAUGCUGGACCAUUUACAUGACCGGAUCGUUCUCAAUAUGCAGCAAACCCUAGAUGCAGUAAGAGCAGAGGUGAGUGAAUUGUGGGGCAUAACUGAAACAACUGAACAGCGCCUAGAGGUAACCGAAUCAGCCAUUAAUGUCAAUGAGGGGGAAAUCAUAUACGCCACUGAAAACUUGGCUGUUACUCGGGAAUACAUGGAGGACAUUGAUAAUACCCAGAGGAGACACAACAUCCGCCUCCGUGGUGUUGCCAAUUCAAUGACCAACAUAUCCAGUUUUGCAGCUGACUUAUUUAAAAGCCUGUUACCUGAUGAGACUGUUCAGGUAGAUUAUGUAUUCAGGCUACAGUACAAAACUAAAAACCCACAUAUGCCCCGGGACAUCUUGGUCAGGUUACCCCUGGUAUCACAAAGGGAAGCUCUGCUGAAGGCUGCAAGGAAAAUGAACUUGACUAAAUUCAAAGGCACCAAAGUGCAACUGUAUGCUGAUUUAUCACCUUCUACCCUAGAAAAGAGAAAGGCCAUGCGGCCAUUAGUGAUCUGGCUGCAAGAAAAUGCUAUGAAAUAUCGUUGGCUAUUUCCCUUUGCAAUUACAUUUGAAUUUAAGGGUUGGAUCUAUCAGUUUCCAACACUGGAAGAAGCCCGCAGGGUGCUACUAGUGGACCAUGGGAUCAGCCUAUCCACUGAUACUACUGCUAUACCAACUAAGAAACAAGUGGUUGUCCAAACCCCACGUGCCAGUCCUACAUACUCCACUCCUUCCACAGAUGCCAGUCUGGAACAGGAUCUCCCUUCUGCUGCAUCACAGGAUUUUUCAGGAGCUCCAAGCAGUAACUCUAAUACCACCUCUGCUGAUGUUAUGCCUCCUUCUGAAGAAAAUGGACUGGAAAAUGCAAACCCUUCUGGAGCAAAUGAGCCAGAGAUGUCAGGCCUUCCACAGAUAAACUCUACUCCCAGCUCUGCUGAUAAUAUACCUCCUUAUGAAGAGAAUGGCCUGGUAAAGUCAGACCUUUCAGGGAUACACUCUAUUCCAACCCCUGCUGAAUAUAUGCAUCCUUCUGGAGACAAUAACCUGGAGAAGUCAGGCCUUCUACACAUAAACGGUACUCCUAGUUCUGCUGGUUUUAUACCUACAUCUGGAGAGAUUGGCCAGGAGAUGUCAGACUUUCCAGAGAUACACUAUACCAUCAUCUCUGCUGAAUAUAUGCCUCUUUCUGGAUACAAUAACCUAGAGAAGUCAGGCCUUCUACAGAUAAACAGUCCUCCUAGUUCUGCUGGUUUUAUACCUACAUCUGGAGAGAAUGGCCAGGAGAUUUCAGGCUUUCCAGAGAUACACUAUACCACCAUCUCUGCUGAAUUUAUGCCUCCUUCUGGAGACAAUAACCUAGAGAAGUCAGGCCUUCAACAGAUAAACAGUACUCCUAGUUCUGCUGGUUUUAUAACUACAUCUGGAGAGAAUGACCAGGAGAUUUCAGGCUUUCCAGAGAUACACUAUACCACCAUCUCUGCUGAAUUUAUGCCUCGUUCUGGAGACAAUAACCUACAGAAGUCAGGCCUUCUACAGAUAAACAGUACUCCUAGUUCUGCUGGUUUUAUACCUACUUCUGGAGAGAAUAAUCUAGACAAGUCAAGCUUUUCAUAUAUACACUAUACCCCCACCUCUGCUGAAUAUAUGCCUCCUUCUGGAGAAGAUAACCUGGAGAAGUCAGAGCUUCCAGAGAUAAAUCCGACUCCCACCUCUGCUGAUUUUCUGCUUCAUUCUGCAGAGAAUAACCUGGAGAAAUCAGGGCUUCCAGAGAGAAAUCAUAUUCCCCUUUCUGUUGAUUUUCUGCCUCAUUAUGGAGAGAAUGUCCUGGAUGAGUUUAGUUCUCCUGAGACAAACUCUGUUUCUAGCCCUACUGAUAACAUGUCUACAUUUGGAGAGAAUGGCCUGGAGAAGGCAAGUGCUUCUGAGACAAACUCUUCUUCCAGCCCUACUGAUUGUAUGGCUUCUAAUGGAGAAAAUGACCCAGAGAUGUCAGGCACUCCAGAGACAAAAGGAGACAGUCUGUCUUGUUGUGAGGGUGUUGCUGAAGCAUAGCGAAGGAACAUGGAAGAAUGCUCCAAGUGGUGGCUGACUCCAUACUAUUCUACAGAAAUAGUACAGAAUAUAUGAAUUGUAACAAUUCAUAGGACAUACAUAAACCUUGGGAAAAGAGCAAUGGAAUAACCUACAAUAUCCCUUAUUGUCAGGCAAGAGACAAUCCCAGCAAAGGAAUUAAUAAUGACUUGUGACCUGUUAUCACUGCACUAAUCCCCUGGAUUAUCCCUUUCUGCCUUCAAUUCACCAGCUUCUCCUGUUCAACAGUACUUUAAGAGAAAAAAGUAUAUCCGUGGCAUUUGUCCUCUAGGCACCUCUUUAUAGACUAUGGCCAUUAACCCAGUUGCCAACAACUUAGUUUUCUGUGUUAUUUACAUUUAACUCUUUAAAGUCUUAAUUCUAAUGCUAAUUAAUUUUACUUCGGCUUCCCUACUGUCUGUAUCAAAUUCAUUCUACGAAUUCUUAGGUACAGGAUUCAUCAUCUGUUCUACAUUUCUAUACAACUGGUUAUGUUUGAGAAAUAUCUACAUUUAAGUAGCUAUAGGUUGUCUUCUUCUAGUCUUAAUUUUGAAAAGUUAUUAAAAAUUAUUAAAGGUUAAUUUAAACUAA